AUACUAGUAAAAUUUAUCUACUUCCGUUCAUAAGAUUCACUCAAUGCAACUUUUUUAAUGUCAUAAUAAAAGGGCUAAUAUAAAAGAAACUGUGGACAGCAAAUAAUGUGUUAUUUAUAUUUAUUGAAUUCUAUUCAAGAAAAUACAAAAAAAAUGAGAGAUAACUGGUUGAGUUAAAUACCAGUGAUUUGAUUUUAUUUAUAUUUACUUUUCGAUUAACUCUCAGCACAUGUUUAUUAAUCAUGAGUUGGGACUGGGAAGCCUUGUGUGGAAACAGUUCGAAAUUUACUGUUUGGAAAGGUGACGAUUUUGGAAAAUGUUUUGAACAAAUGGCUUUUAAUUUGCCAACAAGCUUCUUCAUCUUGAUUAUAACUGCAUUUCAUCUUGGCAAAAACUAUGGAACAGCAGUGAGAGGAAUCAUACCCUGCAGUCCAACUCUUCACAUUCGCUUUUAUAUAUCGAUGGGACUAUUUAUAUGUCCUCUAAUUAACACUCUAUUGCUUAAAUUUUAUUUGAAAAUUAAUAGUCCAUUGAUUUCAAUGAUUUCUUCAACAAUCAGCUGUGUUACUUGGUGUCUUCAUAGUUUGUUUGUAUGGAAAUUAAGAAGAUAUUAUAGAUUGAAGAUCAGUGGACCAUUUAUAAUAACGAUAGGAAUUAUUUUAAAGUGUGCCUUUUACGUAAUUAAACUUAGAAGCGUAUUAAAGGAAACUGACAGUUUUACAAUCGUUGAACGGUAUAUUUCUUAUGUGCAAGCGUCCUUAAUUGCAAUAUAUAUUUUGACUCUGAUACCGUGUCAAAGACCCUCAAUUAGCUCUGGAAUACAAGUCCGUAUACUUAAUGACAGUGAAACAAGUUAUUUCGAUAAUGACAAUGAUAUUUGUACUAUGGUGCUAGAAAGACCUCUUGCUCCCCUCGGGAGAGCGGAAGAAAAUUGCUCAGUAAUUAGCAGAUUAACGUUUCACUGGGUUCAAUCUUUAAUGGCUCGAGGGGCUUCAAAGAAAAUUGACAACUCGGAAAACUUAUUUGACCUUCCGGAAAAGAUGACUGCAUCUUAUGUGGAGGAGUACUUUAAGGAAAAUAGUAGGGGAAGAAAUAACGAUAAAAGAUCCCUUCUGUCCAACCUAAAUCGUACUUUUGGCAAAGAGUUUUACCCAUUAGGUUUAUUAAAAUUUUUUGCAGACGCGCUGGGCUUUUUGGGUCCUCUUCUUUUAAACUGGUUAGUGAUUUUCAUGGAAAAACCAAAUGAACCCAGAUGGCAUGGCUAUAUCUACGCUGCGGGGUUGUUCAUUACGGCCUUCCUUACCGCCUUAUUAACAAGUCAUUUUAAUUAUCUUGUUACCGUUGUGUCACUAAAAAUGAGAGCUUCAUUGAUAUCUUCAAUUUAUGCAAAAUCUUUAAAAACUUCAACAGUUUCACUAUCCAAAUUCAACACUGGUCAAAUAGUUAAUUAUAUGAGUACAGAUGUGGAUAGAAUAGUCAACUUUUGUAUAAGUUUUCAUCAAUUUUGGAGUUUACCCUUCCAAAUCGCUGUUUCGCUAUGGCUUUUAUAUCUACAAGUUGGAGUUUCCUUUCUGGCAGGUUUAGCUUUCGCCAUUUUAUUGAUACCUAUCAACAGAUAUUUAGCCAAUGCCAUAGGAAGAUUAAGUAACGAUAUGAUGAAUCAUAAGGACGCAAGAGUAAAGUUGAUGUCUGAAAUUUUACACGGUAUUCGAAUAAUUAAAUUCUAUGCUUGGGAGGAUAUUUUCUCAGAUAAAAUUAAUAAUUUACGAUCAAAGGAAUUAAAGAGCCUAAAGGGGAGGAAAUACUUGGAUGCUUUUUGCGUUUAUUUUUGGGCAACAACACCAGUUUUAAUUUCUAUUCUAACAUUUACAACUUAUGCUAUAUCCGGUCAUGAGCUGACAGCCGCUAGGGUUUUUACAAGCUUAGCUUUGUUUAAUAUGUUAAUUAGUCCAUUAAACGCAUUUCCCUGGGUGUUGAAUGGUUUAAUGGAAGCUUGGGUAUCCCUGAAAAGAGUUCAACAGUAUGAUGAUUUAGAAGAGAAAAAUUGGAACAAUCACUACAAUUCAAAGCACAAUGAUUCGACAGAUAUUAUAUCAGUUGAUAAUGCAACAUUCAUAUGGAAUAAGCCUACAGAAGAAGAAGAGACCCUAUUAAAACUCAGAGAUAUUUCACUAAACAUUAAAAAAGGAAGUUUUGUUGGUUUAACUGGACCAGUUGGCUGCGGUAAAUCAUCCUUAUUCUCAGCUAUAUUAGGGGAAAUGGAAAUGAUCAAAGGUCAUUUGUCUUUUUCACCCGAUAUUAAUGGGAUAUCAUUGCAAACUCAGGAAGCUUGGAUUCAGCACGGUACUGUACAACAAAACAUCUUAUUCGGGAAUGAGUUGGACGAUCGAUUCUAUCACAGAGUUCUCGAUUCUUGCGCUCUUCUUCCCGAUCUCGAAAUACUACCAGCUGGCGAUGAAACAGAAAUUGGAGAAAACGGCGUAACGUUAAGUGGAGGACAAAAGGCACGCAUAUCCCUUGCCAGAGCUAUUUAUCAAAAUAAAGACGUAAUUUUCAUGGAUGACCCAUUUGCAGCAGUCGAUUCUCAUGUUGCUAAACAUAUAUAUUCAAGUUGUUUAAUGGGAUUAUUAUCUGGCAAAACAAGAUUUUUGAGUACUCAUCAUACAAAAUUUUUACGCAAUGCUGAUGUGGUUAUAGUAAUGAAAGAUGGAAAGAUCGAUAAAAUUGGAAGACCUUGCGAUGUGCUACAAGAUCAAACAGCUAUUCCCUCUUCGACAGUUUGCAAGAAUACGCAUAAUGCAAACUACGGAAAUAUGCAAAACAACAAGGAGAAUGGCAUUCUAGUUAAAGAGGAAGUCAAAGAAAAGGGAACUGUUCGUCUUUCAGUUUAUUUUCAAUAUUGGAAGGCAGUUGGUACUAUAUUAGCAUCUUUCGUUAUGCUAUCACUAUUCCUUAUGCAAGGUAUUCUACAUGAUAAUUUCGAUAAGAUAGAUUCUCAUGAAAGCUUAAUGUAUAUUCCUUUUCUGAAGCAUCAAAGAAUGUCAAUGAUUGGUGGCUUUCGUAUUGGGUUACGCAUACUAAAGGCAAUGAUACGGAUAGUAUCUCUCCUUUUCACGAAAAUAGAAUUAAGGAAGAUAAAAGUACUCUAUAUCUCUUAGCGUCUGGAUUGCCUCAUGACGUCUAUAGGUUGUUACAAAAAGUUUAAUAAUUAUUAAUUAAGUAAUCUUUAUCAAUAUAAACAAAUAUGUCCCAGAACUAGUAACUUUUAUUACUUGAGAAAUGACUUGGAGAAGCAUGGAAACGAAACGCAUGCAAAUGUAAAAUUCUAUCUAACCAUAUAUGGAAUAUUAGCUGGAUUUAAUACUCUAUUUACGCUUGCCAGAGCGUUUCUAUUCGCAUAUGGUGGUAUUCAAGCCGCAAGAGUAUUGCACAAUCGUCUACUAAAGAGUAUAUUAGCGGUAUAGUAUUUUGAUUAAAUGUAUAGCUUUUAAAAAUAACUAUUACACAGGCAUCGAUAAACUUUUUCGACACAACUCCCGUCGGUCGGAUAAUAAAUCGUUUCUCCUCUGACAUCUAUUCGAUAGACGAUAGUUUACCAUUUAUUGCGAAUAUUCUCUUGGCGCAAAUUUUCUCUUUAAUCGGUACUCUUGUGAUAACUUGCUACGGAUUACCUUGGUUUGCCGUUGUUAUUUUACCUAUUGCUGUAAUAUACUAUACAAUUCAGGUUGUUUUUAUUUACAUUUUUCAAUCGUGAGUAUCAGAAACAUUUGAUUAUCUUUUUUUAGAAAUACUACCGACAUACUUCGAGGGAAGUUAAGCGUAUUACAAGUGUAACUUUAUCUCCUAUUUACGUUCACUUUUCCGAAACUUUACGUGGAUUGAGUUUAAUUAGAGCAAUGCGUCAUGUUUCAAGGUUUCAAGAGGAAAACAGAGAAAAACUUGACAAAAAUCAACAAGGAAGAUUAUCUAUGGCAGCCGUCUCUGUGUGGCUUGGAUUUAGAUUACAGUUAUUAGGUGUUGCAAUGUUAACUUCAGUAGCAUUAUGUGCUGUUCUACAGCACCAAGAGAAAUCCUCUCAACCAGGAUUAAUUGGAUUAGCUCUUUCCUAUGCUUUAGCAGUCACAAACAUACUAAGUGGAGCCGUUACUUCAUUCACUCAAACGGAACAGGAACUAGUUGCUGUUGAGAGAGCCUGUCAGUAUAUAGAUAAUGCUGAUGCAGAACAAGAUCCAAUUGAGACAGAUGAUGUUCACCAAGAUUGGCCUUCGCAAGGAUCUUUGAACUUUGAUGGUGUCUAUGCUAAUUACAGAACCAACUUGCCGGAUGCUAUCAAGAAUGUGUCAUUUUCUAUAAACAGUGGAGAGAAAAUAGGUAUAGUGGGAAGGACAGGAGCUGGAAAGUCGUCUCUCUUCUUAAUUCUUUACAGACUUUUAGAAGUUCGUAGGGGUAUCGUAACUAUUGACGAUGUGGAUAUAACUAGCAUAAGUAGACGGAAACUACGAAAACAACUAAGUAUUAUACCUCAGGACCCAUUUCUUUUUAGUACAUCAGUUAGAGAUAAUCUGGACGCGGAAGAACGCUUGACUGAUAGUUCGCUCUGGGAGGUUCUGGAGCGUUGUCAACUUAGUUCUGUUGUAAAAAGGCUUGGAGGUUUGUCUGCCGAUGUUGGUGAAGGUGGAAAGAACCUUUCCGUUGGAGAGAAGCAAUUGCUUUGUUUGGCGAGAGCUUUAUUAACAGAUUCCAAAAUUAUUUGUAUAGACGAGGCCACUGCUAGUGUUGAUAGUGAAACGGAUCUAAUUGUUCAUUCAACUCUUAGGGAAGAAUUUCAUAAUCGUACCAUAUUGACAAUUGCUCACAGACUAGACACAAUUAUGAAGUCUGAUCGAAUUUUAGUUAUGGAUAAGGCAACCGUCAAAGAAUUUGAUAAACCUCAAACUUUAUUGAAUAAGCCUAAUAGCCUAUUUUCUGGGCUGUUGCAAGGUCGCUCAACAUUUAAAAAUUGAAAUAACUGCAAAAUUAGACUGCUUUACUGGAUAAAUCUAUAUACUAAUAUAUAUACUUGCAACCUUUCCAAAGAAAACAUGUGUCAACAGAAACUGAUUUUCCAAUUGCUUUUGUAUAAGCUAAUAGAUUUGCAUCAGCAAUAUACAGUAUAUAUAAAUCUA